UUGACCUAAUCUGUCAAAGAAUCUUUGUGAAGAAAAUCUCAAUCCAUAUGAAAUGUAAUUCUCACUGAAAAUAGUUGUAUGUAGGGUGUAUUCGUACAAAAAUGGUUCGAUCGAAGAUAUUAAAAAAUAGGUCUAUAGUUGAUAUAGAAGAAGAAGUAGAUACAGCAUCAGAAGUCUUUGUCGGUGAAACAUACAGAAAGGAAUGUUCAGGCGAAGAUAUAAAUCGAGUUGAAAGCAAAGAAGAUGAGGGUAAAAUAACUGAAGUGAGGAGUGCAUCUGAAAUUGAAGUAAGUUCACUGUCAUCGGGCGAAGAAUCUUCCAAGUUUCGCAGAUGUUUGGCAAAUUGCAAGAGUUUUAGUAGGAGAUGUUACCGAUUAUGUGGAUUUCAUUUAAUAAAUACAGAAUUAUUUGUAAAUACCUUAAUACCAAUAAUUUUUAUUGGAGCUACUGUAGCUGUGGUUACAAUACUUUCCUCAUUCGGAGAUAACAUUCAUCAAAAGUCCAAUAUACCAAAAAAGAUCCAACAAAAAUCGGAAAUGAGAUACCCCCUCCUUUGAAAUAUAACAAUAUUUGACAAGGGGUGAUAUGUUCAAUGUAAAAAAUGUAUAUAAGCUUUUUAACUAGCUCAAAUCUAAGUCCAAAUAAAUAUUUACCACAUGGAAU